AGUUUUGAACACCCAACAGCUACUUACCCAAUCUUUCUGAAAAUCACUUGUUGAAAAGUCAAAUCUCUCUUAGUAAUGUUUGACCGCCCAGCCUGACAGAGUAUUGGUUAGGCUAAUGAGAAGGUGGGACAUCAGUCAAAUGUCACAUCUGAAGGGAUUCGCCGCAAAAGAGUGAGAGAGAAGCCAGCAAGUUUUCCUGAGCUGCGUAUCACUUGCCCAACCCCUCAGUCACAUUCUGAAUCCAGCAGAAUAUUUACACACUCAAACUCUUCCAAGCAGGAAAAGCAUUUCCAGCGCCACGGGACCAGCAGUUUUAAUAUGGCCUCUUCUCCCAAUUUUUCUAUUUUACGAGCCAUCCUGACAGUGACUCUCAUGCUGGCUGGAGCCACAGUCCUGUUUUUAAUGCACUAUACGUCACUUCCAUCUCACAAAUGGCAUCCUCUCCCGGCUUAUUCAAGGCGGCCAAACGGCACUGCAGAGACACAACAGACUGUCAAGCCUAUCGUGCUGCUGUGGUUCUGGCCUGAAAACAAAAGUUUUGAUUUUCAAGACUGUAAGAAGCUUUUCGACAUUGACAGCUGCCACCUCACAGAUGAUAGGUAUUUGUACUCCAGGGCUGAGGCAGUUGUGAUAUUUCACAGAGCUAUCCACGAUGACCUCUCCAACCUUCCCACCUCACCAAGACCCCGAUUUCAAAGGUGGAUCUGGUUUAACAUGGACUCACCCACCAACACACACUGGAUAGCAGGCAUUCAAGGCCUUUUUAAUUUAACCUUGAGCUACAGGCAGGAUGCAAACAUCCACGUUCGUUGGAAACUGACUGUCAAAAAGAAACCAGCUGAGCAUUUUGUGCUACCAAGGAAACAACGAUUGCUUUGUUGGAUUGUGGAUAAGAGUGACCUCAGCAAGACAUCAGUGGAGAGAUACAGCUAUUACAUAGAGCUUGUAAAAUACAUAAAGGUGCAUAACUUUUCCAGCUCCUCUGCGGAGAGCUUUAAGGGUGAAAACUAUUUCCGGACUAUUAGCAGCUGCAAAUUCUUCCUUUCCUUUGAGAAUUCAAUUCACAGAGAUUACAUUACAGAAACAUUCAAUGGUCCUCUCGCAGCUGGCACUGUGCCGAUAGUUUUGGGCCCACCGAGAAAGAACUACGAGGAUUUUGCCCCAGGUACUUCCUUCAUACAUGUAAAUGACUUUCCUGAUGCUAUGACACUGGCUAACUUCCUCCUCAGGCUGGAUGAGGAUGAUGAGGCUUAUAUAAGAUACUUUAGCUGGCGGCAAUUCUAUACUGUCAGACGUCAUCUUACGGAGGAGAAUCAUAAGUUUGCACAUGCGAUCUGUCAGGCCUGUCAUCAUGUGGGCAUGAACAAGGAGUACAGAGUUGUACCUGAUCUGUACAAGUGGUUCUUACUGUGACAAAUUCAUGUAUGUACCGUACCUCUGUGAUAAUCAUGCUACAAGGAAGUACUCACUGUUGUAUUGUCUAUAGAAAAUAAAACAAGU